UUAUAUUUCUACUGACUGGUACACUAAACCCACAUACCCAGGCAGACUACUCAACUUUUAUGCUUAACACACAUAUCACCGAAAAAUCAAUACUGCCAAAAACCUUAUUCAUCGGUCCCCGUCUUUAUAUGAACCACAAUACCACCAAGCGAACACUCAGCGUGUCAAAAAUAUACUAUACUAUAAUUAUUUUUUCCAAUAAUUUCCCUCUCAACACUAUACUUAAACUUCCAAACUGCUAUACAAUCAAAAAGAGUACAACCUCCCCUUCUCCCAACUCCCCACAAUCACCUACCACUCCUUUCAUAUACAAAUCUAUCCCCUAUAUUCCUAUACUCUCAGACAAUAUACGAAAAUUCCUUAAAUCGACUAUAACCAACUUAAGUCUUGGCCUUAGAUCCCAUAACAAACUUUCUUUCCUUUUCACCAACUAAAAGGAUCCCAUACUUUUACAACACCGAUCUAACGUAGUUUACCGGAUACCUUGCUCUACUCCUAACUGUAAUAAGUCUUGGUGAAACCAAAAACCAUCUCAAAAUCCGCAUUUCCCAACAUAAAACAUCCAUACCUUUCCGGAACCCUUUCGCCUUCAAACUAUCAGAACAUGCCUUAACCCUCAACCAUUCAUUUGAUUUUGAAAAAUCUCUGUCCUUGCCCCCAUCAUGGUCCCCAACCAUGAAAAAAGACUUAUUUCUGAAUCCAUCCACAUUCACAUGGAACGGAAUCCUGUUAAUCAUAAAGUAGAAAAAAACUGUAUUUCUUUAACAUAUAGAAACAUUUUAAACCUUAUAAGUGAAAGAUAA